CCGAGAUUUACAAGUUCUUGAAAGAAACAAAACAUGGCAAGUUUACAAGAUGCGUUGAAGACCCACUUCGGGUUCAGCAACUUCAGGUCUAAGGUCCAGGAAGACGUGGUGAGGGCAGUCAUCCGAGGGGACAGGGAUGUGUUCGUGUGCAUGCCCACCGGGGCAGGGAAGUCCCUGUGCUACCAGCUCCCUGCGGUGCUGGGUCAGGGCAUUACCCUGGUCAUAUCCCCCCUGAUCGCCCUCAUCCAGGACCAAGUAGACCACCUGAGGGAGCUCAACAUCCCGGCCUGCUCCAUCAACUCCAAGCUCCCGGUGGCCGAGCGCCGUCUGAUCCUGGCUGACCUGGGGAGCAGCAGCCCAAAGCUGAAGCUCCUCUACAUCACUCCAGAGAUGGUGGCCUCUGCCUCGUUCCAGCCCUGCCUGACAGACUUGUGCAGCCGGCGUCUUCUGUCCUACCUGGCUGUGGACGAGGCUCACUGCGUCUCUCAGUGGGGACACGAUUUUAGACCCGACUAUCUCAAACUCGGCGAGCUGCGGGCUCGUUUACAAGGGGUUCCCUGUUUGGCUUUGACGGCAACAGCCCCCAAGAAUGUACAAGAUGACAUUGUUCAGACCCUGAGGAUGUCCGCCCCUCUGUCUUUUGUCACGCCCGUCUUCCGGAAAAAUUUGUACUAUGAUGUGAUCUUCAGGGAGCUUCUUCCAAACGCUUACGUCCACCUGCACGCCUUUAUCAAGACAUCCCUGGCACUGGAAAGUGCAUCUGAUGGGCAGGGCUGUGGGAUUGUGUACUGUCGAACCAGAGAAGGCUGUGAAGUCGUGGCUCAUCAGCUGACCAAGCUCGGCAUCUUGUCCAAGCCGUAUCACGCAGGUCUGAAGGCAGGAGAUCGCACAGAGGUGCAGAAUGAGUGGAUGCAGGGGAAGGUGCUGGUUAUUGUCGCUACCAUCAGCUUUGGGAUGGGAGUAGAUAAAGCUAAUGUCAGAUUUGUAGCACACUGGAACCUUGCUAAGUCUCUGGCCAGUUACUAUCAAGAAUCUGGGAGAGCAGGAAGAGACGGUCUACCCUCCUCCUGCCGCACAUACUAUUCCCCAAAGGAUAAGGAGCAACUUAACUUCCUCAUCCGCCAGGAAGUCGGCCGGAAACAGGCAAAGCGUGGCUCUGCGAAGGAGUCGGACAAAACUGCCAUCACAGACCUCGAAGCCAUGGUGUCGUUUUGUGAGCAAGAAAAGUGUCGCCAUGCCACCAUCUCCAAGUUCUUUGGAAACCAGAUGCCAAAUUGCGCAGGUGCCUGCGACUUCUGUCGUCACCCCAAAAUCGUGCGAGCCCAGCUGGAGCGAGCGGCUACGCUCAGCACCAGGACCGAGGCGGCCAGCAAAGAGCCCAAAGGACCGUUCGGGUUCCAGGCGGGUCUUUACGAAGGAGGGAGGAAGGGUUACGGCUUUGAAAGGUUUGAUUCAGGGGAUGAAGACAACGGUGGGGAUGAUGAAGGCAAAAAUAGGAAGAAGCAUUUUACUGAGCUCUACAAGAGGCAGAUGCACAUGCGGAAGGGCUCUGAUGGUCCAAGAGAAGACUUCGUUCCACCAGAUGCCGACUGCCUGCUCAGGGAUGCCAGCAGCCAGAAGAUCCCCCGGCUCACUGUGAAGACCAGAGAGCACUGCCUGUACCGCCUGCAGGAGGCCGUGCAAUGCCAGCAGGGGGAGCAAGAUGCAUUCGACUGUGACGGUCUGACGUCUGCCAUCGAUAUUGAACAUGAGAUCUUCAGAAAUAGCAAAUCCAGCAACUUGUACAAAGCCUCUGUUCUAAAGAAGGUGUCUGAGUUGAAGAAAGCUUCAUCUGCUCCAGUGAAGGGAGAGGAAGGAGAAGGAACAAGCAGCAGUACCAGCGAAUCUAAGACAAAACUGGAGAAAGACGUAUCCUCCUCCUCCUCCUCCUCCUCUUCUUCCUUAUAUCCUGAGGAGCUGCAGGGUUUCACCCUCGCAUCUGAGGUCUACUCAAUGAAACGAAAGAGAGUAGGGGCGGGCCUGAGGGGGUCGUCUAACCCCUUCCUGAGUGCCAAGGAUCUGCUGGAGCCUUCCGUGUUAGACGCAUCGUCCGACAAAGGGAAAACGAGCGGUAGAUUUUUGAGUGACUGCUCAGGGGAGUCGGAUAUGAGGAGAGUCGGGGAGGGAAUACCGAACGCAGAAACAAUGUCAUCUAUACCUUCAUCCAUCAAAGCCAGAGCUCUUGCCAUUAGUGGCUCCCUCAACAGCCCGACAAAAGGAGGCAGAGCCCUGAGCAAGAAACAACAGAAGCUAGCAGAAGCUGCAAAGACUUCCCGCAACAUCUCCCAGUACUUUGCAAAGACGGAGAAACAAACAACGGAGAAGAGCCCCGAUGAGGCAGAGUUGUCCAACGAAACAGAUAGCACUUUUUCUCAUUCUCCCACUGAGGUGUUUGAGGAGAACAUUGACCAGGAGCCGGAUUCAGGGAAAAGCCCUGCGGUUUCUCAGACUGAGGAUGUGAUCCUCAUAGAAAGUAAAACCGAGGUGGUUGUUAUAACUGAUGAUGAAAAGGAGAAAGCAGACGAAGAGGAGAUUUUGAAUCCAAAGGAUAUGACGUCCAUCACGGAACAAAAUGAACCUGCAGAAGAAGCUAAACCGCCUUUAAUUCAAGAGUUCCAGGUGAAAGAGGAUGUAGAGGCCAACUUGGAGCCUCCUCCCGCAAAACGCAGCCGGCCUGCAGACAAGAGCAGCAGAAGAGUGAGAUUCAACCCCACCGUGCAGGAGAAGGUCGUGAAGCCGGUCAGCAAGCCUCCUCCGCCCGCCACGCUGAAGGAAGCCGCCGAUAUCGUGGUCCGUUGUCUGGACCCCUUUUACGCUCAGGGAAAGUUUGCCAACAAGGAACUGUUUAAGUCGUUUGCUCGCCACUUGUCUCACCUUCUAGCAGAGGAUAAGACCCAGGGAAAAGAACAACUUAAAGCUAAAGCCAAAGCACUCAUCAAGAACCUCUUCAGUAAAGUCCAGCGCUGCGAGAGCGAAGCAGACUGGAAGCACCUUCAAAGACGACACAGCUGUGAAACCAAAGAGACCAAGGAGUGAUGGGAAAUGUAGUCAAAACCCUGCUCUUUAUUUGUGCCUGUCAGUCUCAUAUCAAUGUGAUUCUGCGCUUUUUUCUACAGAUGCCUGCAGACCAGGUUUACAGCUUAUGAAAGGGUCCUGCUUUCUUUUUGUUUAUCUUGUCUGGUCGCUGCUAUAGUAGCUUAUGUCAACAAAUGAGCAAUAAACCGGGACCGGUGCAGCCUUGAGGAUCUGUGCGCAUCUUGUUUUGAGUUCAGGGUUUAGUACAAAUUGUGACCACUUUGACUUUAUGUUUAGACUUGUGGCUAAAGGAUGGAGCGUUUUAAGUCCAUCUGCACUCAUACUUGCUGUAUGUCUUGUUUGAAAUCUCUGCAAGUUCAUGAGCAUACAGAGCUGGACUGAAAUCCGACCACACGAGGCCUGGAACGGCAAGAUUGCGACCAUGCUGGCGGCUCCAGGAAGCUGCAUCUGGACGCAGUGGCACGCAGAGCCGUGAGUCAACAGACUUCUUCGUUUCCAGACUCCACUGCCUGACCAAUAUAAAGUUUCAUAAUAAGCUAUGAGAGAUGUGUGAGAGCACAGCGAGAAGCUCCUCACCACAUCGGCUACGGUUAAAAUGACUUGUUUCCAGCUGAAACAUAUUCAUCACUGUAGUUCUCCUACAGUUUGAAACUCUCACCUGUUUGCUCAGCAGUUGUUUUCAGGUGAUGUCAUUUUUUCUUUUAUUAUUCCAUGAAGGUGAGCUGGUUCCAGAUUAUUCAUGCGUCAAACUGAAAGGAUCCUUUCUGUUUAUUUUAUUUUUUUCUGUGAAAAGUUAGAAUGUCUGUGUUUAAGAAACUUUUUUUAUAGCUUCCUGAAAGUGUUGUGUAGUAGGUAUGAUCAUUAAAAUGUUUACCAUCAUAAUACUGUAUACUACAUUUCCAUGGUAACGGUUAUACUCCCAAUGUAGAAAGGGAUGGGAUUGUUAUUGGAUCUUCAGGGUUUAGUUCAUAGACCAGUGUCCAGGCCAGAGUUGGUUUUGGACGUGAUGACGGUGCUACUUGGAGAGUUUCAUUAGAUUUAUCUUCUCAGGAUCAUUUAUGUAUUUGAAGCAAACUGAUAUCAGCAUGCCAAAACACAAUAAGUGGUGGGCAGUGAAAUGCACGGGCAAAAACUCUCAGCUCACCUAAAAACAAGUCAUGCGAAGGUGUCUGAUUAAGGUAGCAAAUUAAUUACGACACUUUUAGCUCUGAACUUCUGAGGUACAGCUGUAGCGGCAUAAUGAAUUAUUCUCGUGACUCUUGCUCACUAAUUGCUCAUUAAUGUUGAUAAUUAUAUGUACAUAAUGUGGAGUGAAAGACAUUAAAACUGUUCUAUUUUCAUGGGGAAUAUAAACCACAUGCUCUUUGUUGCGGGUCCAGGUGAUAUUUUAUUAGCUGCUACAGUUUUGUUGCUGCUGGAAACAUGGACAAUAUUGACAUACAACAUUAAUUUAAACCAUGUGGAUUUUAAUUCAAAACCAAUGUCAUUUCUGUUUUGCGUUGUGUCAGUUCUUGGUUAUGAGGAAUCUUUGCUGAGAGAUGUUUUCCACCUUGUUUUUUUUUUAGGCCUGUCAGGCCUGUGCGAGUCAGUGUCAUGAGGAAACCCUCAAGAGCACUUACAAAGCUGAGGGACACACAGACGUCUGACUGUUAAGACUCGACAGCUGCAGUUGUUUCAUUCUAUACUUUUAAAUGUUUAAAAUAAAG